GUCUCUUUUAAGUAUUGUCAAAGUAGAAAACUAAUCUAAAUGGAAAGAAAAGUCAACGGGGAGCUACAACCCUGUUGGACUUUGGCUUAAACUUGGUUCCAAAUUCCAAUCACACUUCACAUCUAAUCUAACAUAGUUGUAAUUAACCAAUCGCCUUGUCACGAGUGCCCCUUUCUCCUCACCACAACCACUCUUUCCAAUACCGCGUGUGUUACACCACCAUACAAGGCUAAAGGCUUUACUUGCAAUCGACCAUAACCAUGUGACACGUAGCACACAUGUUUCUAAUGCGCGCGUGAGUUCCUCACAUGUUUUGAGGAAUCGAUCCAUUAGGACCCACCUACAACUCAUUUAUCUAUGAAUCCCUACAAAGUAUAAAAUACCAGUUUUUUAUUCAAAACACUUUCAUCUACCUCUAUACCUCUCAAUCUAUCGCUAGACUCUUAAAAUGGAGAAUUACCUUGCUUCCACCUCCGGCUCCACCACCACCAUCAACCACCCAUCACCGCCGAUAACCCCCGUUACGAUCUCCAAUCCAAACAACCCGUACCCAACAACCUUCGUCCAAGCCGACACAACAUCCUUCAAAAAGGUAGUUCAAAUGCUAACCGGAUCAUCUGAAACAGUCAAACAAUCCGCAGCCACCACCAGGCCAGACUUAGCUGCCAGAAACCCGAUCCCUGCCAUGAAAACGGGUCCGAACAAAAAACCAUCGAAGCUGUAUGAGCGGCGGAGCAGUCUGAAAAACUUCAAAAUCAGUCCGUUGGCUCCUGGAUUCACAAACGGCGGAGGGUCCUCCGGAUCCCCACGGAAUCCCAACGCGCCGGAGAUUAUGUCCCCAAGUCUUCUUGAUUUUCCGUCGUUGGUGCUUAGUCCAGUCACACCUCUUCUUUCCGAUCCGUUUAAUAGGUCUCCGGCGAAUGACUGUUCCCCAAAUUUGGACGUUGAGGCUGAAGAAAAGGCGAUUGCAGAGAAAGGAUUUUACUUACAUCCGUCGCCGGCGACUACUCCGAGGAGGGAAUCGGAACCUCAGCUUUUGCCUUUGUUCCCCGUGACUUCACCAAGAUUUUCCGGCUCUUCAAGCUCUUCGUGAACCAUGAGUUGUUAUUUUAUUUUUUGGUUAAUUAUGAAUGUAGUGAUUUUUUAAUAAAUAGAAUUUUUCGUUGGAUGUUA